UUUUGGGUUUGUUUCCACAGGUUGCAAUGUAGUUAUUGCCUCUCGCAAACUGGACAGAUUAAAAGCUGCUGCCAAAGAGCUGACUGAUCAAAACUCUUCCCCAAAUCCAGCCCAAGUGACCCCCAUGCAGUGCAACAUCCGCAAAGAGGAGGAGGUGGAGUCUCUGGUGAAGUCCACGCUGGAUCUGCAUGGUAGGAUCGAUUUCCUGGUGAACAAUGGAGGAGGCCAGUUUAUGAGUCCUGCUGAGCUUAUCCGGUCAAAGGGCUGGCAUGCUGUGAUCGAAACUAAUCUGACUGGGACCUUCUACUGCUGCAAAGCAGUAUACAAUGCCUGGAUGAAGGAGCAUGGAGGAGCCAUUGUCAACGUUGUAGCUGCCACAAGAAUUGGGAUGCCUGGUUUAUCGCAUACAGGAGCUGCUAGAGCUGCAGUGCAAAACCUGACCAAGAGUUUAGCUAUUGAGUGGGCUGGUGCAGGAGUGAGAAUCAACUGUGUUGCCCCGGGAACAAUAUAUUCAGAAACUGCCUUUGCAAACUAUAAAAAUAUUGAUGACAUUUUAAAAACAUAUCCCUCAAAGAUUCCAGCCAAGAGACUGGGAGUUCCUGAAGAGGUCUCCCCUAUCGUGUGUUUUCUGCUGUCUCCUGCUGCCUCCUUUAUAACUGGCGAAACUGUGACUGUGGACGGCGGUCAAACCUUGUAUGCCUCCUCCUGGGAUGUACCAGAUCAUAACAACUGGCCUCCAGCACCAGAAGGAGAGAACGCCAGAGCGCUUGAAAAAGCAUUUCCAAAAUCAAAGCUAUAAAGAAAUGAGAUUCUGCCAGACCUCCCUGGCGAUGCUAACAGAGCAAGAUUUCGGUGUUGAAUGCCCAGUAAAGCUGGAUAUCCUGCUAA